ACAGCAUACAUAUUUAUGUCUUGAAUAGGUUUUAAAAUCCCAAUUUUUUCAAUUCAAUCAAAAACUUGAAUACCUUCCAAAAGGGCUCUUCUAAAAUAUACUAUUUCCCACGAUUUUCUAAAGUAAUAUUCAUGGCUUUUGUUCAUUUUUGACGGCUUUAAGAGUGACACAAUAAUUAUAGUCUUAAAUUUGUGUCUACAAUCAUGUCAGACAGGUCACAGAAAAUAUGUUUUAACGUCCGAGAAUUCCAACCUGAGCUAUGUUAAAUUAAAAACUUUUGGAUAAAAUUUUAUAUAUUAAUAUUUAGCAGAAUCUUAUUUUGAUUUUUCUUCUAAAAAGCUAAAAUCCUACUUUGGUUCAGUCAAUAGCUGUUAUUAAAUUUAUAUUAUUUUGAAGAACAGAAAUUGAAGGAACAUGAACAACCGAACAAUGUGAAAGCUGAAUGCAGAAAUGAUUUUUCACAACGCUUGGAGCCGGGAAAAGAAGAACAAGUUUUUAAUUUUUAUCUCUCCUACUCGAGCUCAUUUAAAUUUUGAACACAACCUGCCGACCAUUCAUGCUUCUAUAUAAUGAAUGCUAAGAUUUAUCGAUGCCGUAGCAAAGAGAUUAGAAUAUUACGUACUUCCUUUCCGCUGCCGAGAAAGCCGACAACAGCAGAACACAGUUUUAAAUAAACAUUCUUUGCAGUUGAGGUACGUUUGUAACCCAAUUUACGGAGCGAGUUGUAGGUUGGCAAUCGAAAACAAAACACGCUGCGGCGAAAACAUUCAUUUGUUACACUUAUUUCACCGCUUAUUUAUUUUUUUUGUCCAGUCAAGCGUUUUCACAAUCCGUGCAGAAUUUAUAUUGACGCGCGUAGGGGAAAACGACUCUAAUUAAAUGCUGGCGAACAAACUGCUACUAUUUUUGGCACGUGUCCCGUGGUGGUGACGCGGCGCGCGCGACUGCAUAAUUUGCACAACCGCAGCCCGAGCUUUCUUUCUUUCUUCUCGAGCGAGCCAGCAGCCAUAGCCGAGCAGCCAGCCAGCCAGUCCCUUGUUUAUUUCCUCAGAGUGUGGAGUUUAAGUGCGUGCGGUCGGGCCCGCCGAUAGGAAGUUGCCGCAGCCGCAAGUUUCUUCCUCGCCGCCGGACAGUGGAAAUGCGUCGGGCGCGGAUACUGUGACUCGGAGGCCAAGAUGCCGCGCAAAGUGACCCUGGCCACCAUCAAAAGCGCCUCGUUCGACGAGGAGCCAGAUAACAGCAGCGUCCAAGUUCGACCGCAGAAAUUCAACGGUGGUGUAAAUAUAAGUGGAAACGCUGACCAAAAUGGUGCAAGCGAGGAGCAAGUCAGCAGCUACCUCAAGGCACACCCGGAGUUCCUGGAUCAGUGGCUCAUGGAGGAAGUGGAUCUGGAGCAACUGGAGCGCUGGAUGAUCCGCAAGAUGCAGCGCGACAAGAAAAAGCAGUCGAACGACGCAAAUGGAAAAGUCGGCAGAAAAACUAGUCUAUCGCGAUGGAAGUUCUGCGUGCAUGCAGAUAAGAGACAGAUGCUGCAGGAGCUCACCCAUUCUCUGCAAACACGGCCUGACCGCUCCAACGUGCUCUGGGAGCUGGCCAGCUGCAUCUGCUCGGCCGUCAGCGCCGACGGCUUCAGAUUGUACCUGGCCGAUCCCAACCUGGUGGGCGCUGACAACCUCAAGGGAUCUGAACUGAUUGGGCAAUACCUUGGCCAUGACCUCCGAGCGGACAACGGAGAGCCCCUUCUGAUUCCAAUCAGCUCUCCGACGACCGUGCCUGAGUUCGUAGCGCGCAGUCGAGAACCUCUAAGACUUUCCCGCGGCUCCGGGGACCAAAGAUUUCCCGUGCCGUCGCCUCGCUCCGAGGGAAAAGACGACUCGGUGUUGGAGGCUGAACACGCGCUGUGGCAACCGAUCGUGCAGGCCGACAGCGAGAUGACCGGCGUGCUGUUCAUGUGGAGGCGGCAGGGGCCCGCGUUCCAUGAAGAAGACGAGGAGAUUGCCCGCAGCUACCUCGUCUGGGGCGGCAUUGCUCUGCACUACGCACAGCUCUUCUUAUCCAUCGACAAGACGCGCAGACUAAAUGAUUUCCUUCUCAAAGUAGUCAAAUCGAUUUUCCAGGACAUGGUGAGCAUGGACGCGCUGGUUGUUAAGGUGAUGACCUACGCACAACGCCUGGUGGACGCGGACCGCGCCUCUCUGUUCCUGGUCGACUCGAGGAACAAGGAGCUGUACGCCAGGAUCUUCGACAUGGGCACCGACGAGGACAAGGACAGCGAGGAGAACUCUUCGACGCGUGGCAAAGAGAUCAGAUUUCCCUUGGGCACCGGCAUCGCUGGUCAAGUGGCGCUGACGGGCGAGGUGCUUAACAUCACGGACGCGUACUCGGACCCGCGUUUCAACCGCACUGUCGACCAGCUGACCGGCUACCACACCAAGACCAUCUUGUGCAUGCCCAUCUUCAUCAGAGGCAUCAUCAUCGGGGUCGUGCAAAUGGUCAACAAACGCUCCGGCCUCUUCACCAAGGAAGACGAGGAGGCGUUUGAGACUUUUGCCGUCUACUGCGGCCUGGCCCUGCACCACGCCAAGCUGUACGAGAAAAUCCAGCGUUCGGAGCAAAAGUACCGGGUUGCGUUGGACGUGCUCAGCUACCACAACACCUGCUCCGAGGAGGAGGUGCGCAUGAUGAAACAGAUGACCGACAUCGACCCUGGCGAGCCCGACACAGACACCACUAACAGCAGGGCAGUGCCCAAGGACUCGGUGGGAUCACCGUCACUUGAUGUUGCCAGUUAUUACUUCAACAUCUACUCGCUGGACGACAUGAAGAAGGUGCGCUACGCCGUCUCCAUGUUCAGCGAACUGUUCGGCAUGUCACGCUUUGACCAGGACAGCAUCAUCCGCUUCACGCUGACCGUGCGCAAGAACUACCGCCGCGUGCCCUACCACAACUGGGCGCACGGCUUCUCCGUCGCCAACUCCAUGUUCUCCAUUAUCAAGCACUCAAAGACCAUCUUUAAGCCCAACGAGUGCCUCGCGCUGUACAUCGGCUCGCUAUGCCACGACCUCGACCACAGGGGCAAGAACAACAAAUUCAUGCUGGACACCGAGUCUCCGCUGGCCAGCAUUUACAGCACUAGCACCAUGGAGCACCACCACUUCAACCAAACCAUCACCAUACUGCAACAGGAGGGCCAUAACAUUUUCAGCAAGCUUAGCAGCGAGGAGUACAAGCAGGUGCUGUCCAACAUCAAGCACUGCAUCCUAGCAACCGACCUGGCUCUCUUUUUCCCUAACAAGGCUCGACUGGCAAAAAUCGUUGAGGACGACCAAUUUUCCUGGACCAAUCCCGAGCACAGGUUGUUGCUCGAGGCAAUCACAAUGACAGCAAGCGACCUCUCCGCCAGUGCCAAGCCCUGGGAGCUGCAAGUAAAAACCGUAAAAGUGAUUUUCGAGGAGUUCUACGAGCAGGGUGACGCGGAAAAAGCCGCAGGCCGCAAUCCCAUUCCCAUGAUGGACAGGGAACAACCGGACCAGCAGGCCGCCUCUCAGGGUGAUCAAGAAAAAAUGGCCGGCCGCGUGCCAAUUCCUUUGAUGGAUCGCGACAAAGAAUCUGAGUUGGCCGAGAUGCAGGUUGGCUUCAUCAACGGCAUUUGCAUUCCAUGCUACUCGCUGCUUUAUAAGCUGAUGCCAGAGACCAAGCCGUUAUUGGAUCAGUGCAAGGCCAACCUGGCCCGCUGGGAGCAACUCAACGAGCAGCAGAAAAAGCUGCGCGAAAAUAAAGCUACUCCAUCGUGAACGGCAGGCUCUUCAACCCCCUCCCUGCCUGCUCAUUGCGCCCGCCGCAAAUAGUUGAGAGCUGCAGCAAAAUAAUGCAAAAAUACAACAUGUUUGUCUACUUUCUCACACCGACCGAUGAUAAAAAUUUGAGACGAAACUACGCUUAAUGUCCAUAAAUGUGAUCGUGAUCCUGAUAAUAUAUUUAAUAAUAACUGCUGAAUGUCUAAUUUCGUGGAAAUAUGUACUAUUAUAUAAUUAUACAUUGUGCAUUUAUCGAGAAAGGGAAGGAGGUUAAUAUGAAAUAAAUAGUUAGGACGACGGAUGAAAUCAACAAGUUGUUCGACCACACUCUUCACUACUGGAUUUUGUGACAAAACCAAAUAAAUGUUAUGAUGAAAUAUUUUGA